UUUCAUGUUCUUCAUUACCAUAUUUUCUAUUUAACUGCCAUGUGUUCAUAACGUUCAUUUGUCCGCAUUAAAAAUUUGUGUUUUUAUUAACAUUGAAAUACUGAAUAGGUACGCGAAGUGAAUACAAUCGAAACUGAGUGAUCCACAGUGAAAAUGCACGUUGACGUGAAUACUAGGAGUAAAAAUGGUAACCUGAAAGUGGAGUUGACAGAUAGAUUCUAUGUCAGUUAUGCAGUUUUUUAUGUGAUGGGAAUAUUGAUGAACGUACCAUACCAUUUCUAUAUCAAUGCCAUAGGUUAUUGGAUGUUCAAAUUCGAAUCAUCUGGACCCAGACAUAGAUCAUUUCCCUUAAGGCCAACAGAUUUCCCUCACGGAUCUUCACAUCAAAUAUCCGUGACAAACAAAUAUGUACGUGAACAACUUUGGGCCACUUCUGAAAACUAUUUAUUGACACUUAAUGAAACAACACCACUUCAAACCAAUUUCGCUUCAAGUUUCAGUAUAGUUGCUAGAGGUUCGAUGCUUGUGUCCAUCCUGGUAGUCACUUAUUUUUCAAAUCGGUUUCCACCCGCUGAGAAAAGGAUCAUAUUUGCUCUCAGUGUUAUCUUCAUUCUGUUUGGCAUUAGCACAGUUUUAACUCGAGUGGACACAUCUGGAAAAACUGAGCUAUUUUUUGCUGUGUCAAUCAUCAUAACUACUUUAAUGAACUUUUUCAGCGCAACAGCAAUUAUAUCUGCAUUUCAACUACUGAAGAAUUUUCCUACUUCCUACUAUCCUGCACUUCACUCAGGACACUCCAUAUGUGGCGUAAUCGCUUCUCUUUUUCAAGUGAUACUCAUCAGCACCAGAAUGUCUUCUCAAAGUAAUGGGACAUACUACUUUGGAUUCGGAACGCUCAUUAUAUUUAUCUCUACGCUGUUCAUGACAAUGGUCAAUAAAAAAUCAAGAUACUUUAUAUAUCGAGUAAAUACGACAAGAAUGAUUAUGGAUGAAAACUGGACUGCAAAUAAUGUAUCUAACAGAACCAGAGAAAAACUUGUAUCAGGGCUCUUGAGAACGAAAUGGUACUAUGCAUCCUUUCUUUUCGUACAGGGAUCAACUGCCAUGAUUUUUCCAGGAUUUACUGCUCUGGUCGUCUCUGAAAACAUGCACGGAACUACUUGGGAAAAAUUAUAUUUUCGGCCAGUAGUAUCUUUUCUGACAUUCAAUGCUUUCAAUUUAAUUGGCAGAGAGGCUGCGAAAAUAGUGAAAACUCCAAAACAUGGAAUUCACGUGAUGAUACCAGCGUUACUGCGAGUCGCACUAGUGCCUUUGAUUAUAUUUUGUAAUGCCCAUCCAAGGAGACAUUUGCCAGUAUUUUUUGGAGAUGAGUGGUAUAUCACGUUUCUUGCUAUCUUCGCAUUCACUGAAGGAAUCAUUGUAAACAUUAGUUUCCUGGUUAUAUCUUC